CUUUGUUUUUCAAGUCUCCCUCCAUAAAUACUCCCUCUUUCCUUCCCAUAUUUCCCUCACAAUCACAAAACAUUCUCAUACUAAACUCAUAUCCCUUGUAUAUUUUUCAUUAUAAACUACUAGCUGAUUAUCUCUCUUUGUAAUCAAAAUGGGUCUAAAGAAAACAAGCAAACAAAGCACUCAAACAGCAGCUUUGAAACAAAUAAUCAAGAGGUGUUCCAGCUUCGGAAAGAACGAGAAUGGUUUCCCCCAUGAUGUUCCAAAAGGUCAUUUUGUUGUCUAUGUGGGAGAAAAUAGGAGCAGAUAUAUAAUUCCUAUUUCUUGGUUGUCAUAUCCAGAAUUUCAAAACUUACUUCAACGAGCUGAAGAAGAGUUUGGAUUUAGCCAUGAGAUGGGCAUUACUAUUCCUUGUGAUGAAGAUGAUUUCUGCUCUCUUAUUUCCAUGUUCAGAUGAAGACCAAGACCAAGUUGGGUUUGACCAGCUAGGUUAAUUAGGAUAUUAAGUAAAUAGUAAGAGGUUUCCUUUUAUUUUUAACUGACAAUAGCCCACAUCUAACUAUUGUGGAGUUUGGGUUGAUUUGUAUAUUGGUUUCAUGUACUAUUGGUAUUUUCA